AAAAUAAAAAAACUUUUUAAAAAUAGUAAAACGUUUUGAAUUUUAACAAACACACAAAAUAAUUCCAAGAAAAACUAAAACAACAAUCCAAACAACAAUCCUAACUUAUAUAUCCUAAACUAUCCAUUCAAUCCUAAAAUUUUCAAUCAAACAACCUAAAAUCCGAGAUCUAACUUCCAAAACCCUAAAAAAAUGAGAUAAAACAAGGUUGGGAUGAUUCUUACAUGAUUUGGGGUUUGGGGAAGAGAUAUGAGGGUGAGAAGAGGAUUCGCCGGUGAUAGGAGCUCGAGAAUGGUCGGAAUCGCCGUGAAAGGGAGAGAAAUCGCGGAGAGGAUUGAGAGAGAGGCGGAGGCGGAAAUAACGAAGAAGGAAGAAGAAGGGUAAUUAUAUUUAAUGUUUCCGACGGACACAGGUUCGUCAGUAUUCCGUCGGGAUAAUUAAAUAUAUACCAAUUGGCGGUUCGCGAAAAUUUUCACGCGGUUUGGUUUUCCCGGGUAAAUUGAAAUUCCGACGGAAUUGAUGUCCGUCAGUAGAUUCCGACGGAAUACUGACGACUUUUUCUGACCGAAUUCCGACGACUUAGUGUUUAGGGGUUGAUUACAAGUUUCUAAAUGCAAAAUCCAAAUCUUUGAUAAUAUAUAUAGUAUUUGCAUAAAGAUUUAACAAUAAAAAUGUUUUUAUAACACGAUUUUACACAACAACAUUUUUUGUAGUGUAAGAUUAGAUGAAUAUGAUUGUAUAAGUAUAUGAGUGUUAAGAUGAGAUGUUAUGAAAACAAUGAUAUGCAUACAUAAAUAUUUUAAUGAGUUGUUAUAUUUGAACGGUUGUGAUCUAAUACUAUACUAAACACUUAUUAUGUGUUAUUUUCAUAGUUUUGGCAUCUAAAUUUAUAGAUUUUUAUGUUUAAAUUUUUUUAGAAACACAUGUCCUCGGUAAUUCGUCGGAAUAUACCGACGACAUUCCGACGAACUUGUGUAGUUCGUCGGAAUAUCGUCGGUAAAUUCUGACGAAUUACCGAGGACAUUUCCAAACUUCAAUGGAACCCUUUGUCGUCGCUAUGUCGUCGGUAUUUUGCGAGGGAUUUCCGACGGAAACAUGGUUCGUCGGAAAUUCGUCAGAAAAUGCCGACGGAAUACCGACGACGGUAACAUUUAUAUCUCUCAAUCGGAAUGACGUCGGAAGUUCGUCGGUAUAUUCCGACGAAUUUCCGACGACUACAACGGUUAUAUGUUUUAUCAGAAUGUCGUCGAAAAGUCGUCGGAAUAUUCCGACGAGCCAUUUUUCCUCUGAAAUUCGUCGGAAAUGGCCGACGGAAUUCCGACGACUUCAAAUUUUUUGUUUUCGUCGGAAAUUGGUCGGAAAUCCGUCACAAACGUCCGACGAAUUUUAAUCCGUCGGAACCUCCGUCGGAAUUCGGCGUGUUUUCUUGUAGUGGGCACUCAAUCUAAGAAAAGUUGGUCGUGUUACAUCAAUACAGACAACAACAACAACCUCAAUCAACGUAAACUAUACUAAUUAAGAAAAUAAAAUUAGAUGAGAUGAUUAGUAAUUAAAGUCCUGGACUAAAAAGCAAAAUGGUGGAAGUCGAAGAAUUAGAACCACUUACUCCAGUUGAAGAGGAAGAAGAAGAAGUCAUAAGCUAUGAUGAUCUCAAACGACGCAUGUGGAAAGACCGAAACCUCAUGGAGAAGCUCAAGCAACAAAAAAGACACAGCAACGACGUCGUUUCCUUGGCAUCGCACCGAGCAGAAGCUUCACGGCGCAAGAAGAUGGCACGUUCACAAGACUCGGUGUUGAAGUACAUGAUGAAGAUCAUGGAGGUGUGUAAAGCGAAAGGGUUUGUCUACGGUAUCGUACCGGACAAGGGUAAACCGAUAACCGGUUCUUCAGACAGCUUAAGACGUUGGUGGAAAGAAACCGUUCAGUUCGACCAAACCGCUCCAAACGCCGUCUCCGAUUACUUAACAAUCGCAGCUGCUGCUGCGGCAGAGAUGAUCGAGAAAGAACCGUCGAGUCUAUUACACAUGCUUCAAGAGUUACAAGACACGACUCUAGGGUCGUUACUAUCAGCGUUAAUGCAACACUGCGUCCCACCACAACGGCGGUUUCCGUUAGAGAAAGGCAUCGCGCCGCCGUGGUGGCCGACGGGGACCGAGCUUUGGUGGGGAGAGCAAGGAGAGGCUCACGAGCACGGUGUGCCGCCGUAUCGAAAGCCGCACGAUUUGAGAAAGUCUUGGAAAGUUAGCGUUCUGGCGGCUGUGAUUAAACACAUGUCGCCAGAUUUAGGGAGAGUGAGACGUCUCGCGACGCAGUCGAAAUGUUUACAAGAUAAGAUGAUGGCUAAAGAGACCGAUACUUGGUCUCGUGUGUUAAACCAAGAAGAGGCGCUUCUUAAUAUCAAAGACCGCAAGAUCUCAGAUCAAGAUCAAGAAGCUUCGGGGUCCAAGACCAAGAGAAAAUGUGAUUUUAUGGAACCCUCUAAGCGUCCUAGGAGUGAUGUGACACAAGAACCGAGACAGAUCACGGGAGAUAUGAUAUCUAUGCUUGUAACGUCCCCAAGUAUUGGUACUAAUACGACUAGUGAAGAUGAUUACAGUGUAAGCUCGAGCGCAAUGGGCAAGCCAGAUGAUUAUGAUAGCAACUGGAUGGAUUAUUUAUGGUUCGAGAGGAUGCAACCCGAGUUUAAUUCCUCUAGGAGAUUCGAUGAUGACGAGGAUAAUCCGAUGGUUUUGAACCAAUCCACUGAGUCUAAUCAAUCUGAUAACGUUAGUCAGAGUAUCUUUUCAGUUUGGGAUAUGGGUUGUGAAGACAAAGACAUAUAUAUGUUCGAUUAUUAAUCAAGCAUGUCACCUUGUGUGCUUUGAGUGUACCCAAGUCAGAACAUUUCCGUACUUGUGUACUCUCUAGUUAGCUCUAUCCCCCACCAAUACAAUUGAAUAAUUCAUAAGUCAAGCUUUACUAAUUAAGUAAUAUUAUUAAUUAGAAUCACUAGUUAAACCGUUUUGUCUUUCCCUCCACUCGUUCCAAUUAGUUUUUGAGAUGUAGCAUGUGAAUUAUAUUAUUUGUUCUUGGAUAAUAGACGAAGACAAGGAUAUGAAGAGGUCCGUUAAGCGUUGAACAGAAAUGGAUCUUAAGAACUUAAGCCUUAUAGAGCCUAAUCAGACCGACUCGGACCCAUAGAAAAACCAUGACAACCUCUAUGCGUUGUGGAUAAAUACAAAGGAAUUACGAAUACAAAAGGGCAGAGAGGGCCACGUCUCCGUUACAAAUUAGACGGUAGGCUUCUUCGCCAUGAAGCAAA